AUUAGUUCACACGGCCAAAUGCGCGCAGCUACAGCUGAGGGGCUUCCGUGGUGGGCUCUGCCCAGCCCAGACUGUCAUCAGACCCGCUGCUGCGACGGAGGGAGCGGAGGAAGGGAGGGGGAUGCCCGGGUGACGGCUCCUUUAAGAAAACAGAACUGAGCCUCGGCUUUUUUUUUUUUUUUGACGCGCUGAGGAUGUGGGCAGGAAACGCCAUGCAAGAACAGAGACGCGAUCACGCUUUUUCCCCGCACCGUUGCACAACAGAGCGCGAUCAAAAUGCGCUUUAAUUCCCCACGCUGAUGUCCAGGGGCGGUCGCUCUCCUCGGAUCUGCUCCCCAGCGGCCCUCACCGCGCUGCCGCAGCCUCGGAGGAUUCGCCGGCGUGCGAUUUUGACGGCCACCCGAGCGACGAGGGGAGCAGCCUUCGCAGCCUCCGCAGCCUGCUCGAUUUGAAAACAUCGGGAUAGACAGAGGGAGCGAGAGGAGCCUUCGUCUAGGAAAAGGGAGGUGUAUUGCUUUUCCUCUUCUCUGCCCCCACCGCAGCCGCCACCCCUCCUUUAACCAUGAGGGAGUACAAAGUGGUCGUUUUGGGCUCGGGCGGAGUCGGUAAAUCGGCGCUGACGGUCCAAUUCGUGACGGGCUCCUUCAUCGAGAAGUACGACCCCACAAUAGAGGAUUUCUACAGGAAGGAGAUCGAGGUGGACUCGUCCCCGUCGGUGCUGGAGAUCCUGGACACGGCCGGGACCGAGCAGUUCGCCUCCAUGCGGGAUCUGUACAUCAAGAACGGCCAGGGCUUCAUCCUGGUCUACAGCCUGGUGAACCAGCAGAGCUUCCAGGACAUCAAGCCCAUGAGGGACCAGAUCAUCCGGGUGAAGAGGUACGAGAGGGUGCCCAUGAUCCUGGUGGGGAACAAGGUGGACCUGGAGGGGGAGCGGGAGGUGUCUUCCGGGGAAGGCAAGGCGCUGGCCCAGGACUGGAGCUGCCCCUUCAUGGAGACCUCAGCCAAAAAUAAAAUCUCGGUGGACGAGCUGUUCGCAGAAAUAGUGAGACAGAUGAACUAUUCCAGCGUUCCCAGCGGAGGCGACCGGUGCUGCUCGUGUGUCCUGCUCUGAAGGAGCCAGAGGGACGUGCAGAAACCUGGGGCUGAGUCCAGAGCUUCAAGAAGUUGACCUGCAGGCUUUCUUCUUUCUUUCUUUUUUUUCUUUUUUCUAAAAGUUUCCUCACUCCUCACACUGUUGUCUUAUUGUUGCACAAGAACAAAAAUCGACAACAGUCUAUUAUGUAUCAUAGUCUGGAAAGUGUUUACAUGACAAAGUACUUGAAUGUUUUGGGAAUUUUUUUUGUUUUUCUUUUCUAGCUUUGUAUUUGACACUUCUCUGGAAAAUGUGCCUCGGUGGGAAUGUCUAAUUGUGAAACCUAAGAGUCAUGUGUUUUCCUGCCUGUCUUUUUUUUUUUUAUUCUCUCCUUUUUUUUUUUUUUCACAUCUGUACUGUUAUUUCUUCCGGGCCCGGGUUCUUCUGUCUUGGAGAUUAGUGGUGUUGGUGAUGAUGGGUUUACUUAUGCCAGAUCUCCCUCGUAGAGAAGCAGAGAUUGCUCGCCUUUUAUUGCAUUUUUUUGUUUGUUUCAUUUUAUUUUGCUUAGGAGAGCUCGGAAAGCAUUUAAAAAUCACCACUCAAGCCUUGCACAGCUCGCUCCAACACGAACUGUCAAGUUAAACACAAGAGGCGCAGACCCACCGCCCACUCAGAUACCACAUCUGAAGUCGAGUCAAGCCAAUACAUUCUUGUUUUUUUCCCCUCCUCCUUUAGCUCAUCCGCAGGUUUGGUGAUUUGUUAAUUUCUUAUCUGAAACUUGCACCCAGCUGACUGUGUUCCUCCUCGGUGUGCACAAACAAGGAUCUUGGUGCAUUGCUGUCGCUGCAUGGGGAAACACUGCGACCCCAUGUCAAGUGCCUUCCCUGCUUUUAAAAAAAAAAAAAACUCCUGUGACUGUGCCAACUGAUGAGCCCUUACUUCCUCUGCAGUGCGUCCUAAUGGCAAUCAGAACUUUUUUUUUUUUUCUUUUUAAAACAGGUUUCCAACCUGCACUCUGGUUUUCAUUUGGUGUCAAAGUGAAAUAAUAAUAAUAAUAAUAAUAAUAAUGAAAAAAAAAGCUAUUUUGCAGCCUGGAUGCUGAGCUUGUAAGCAGACGUCAAAUUCAGGCUGUUUCCAGAGGUACUAGUCCAUAAAGAACAAGCGGGAUAACCUGCUGGGAUCUCGGUUCAGUGAAUGGCAAGCCAUGUUUGUAUCUAUGAUGUAGAUUGUUUUUUUUCUUUUCUUAACUAAAAAGUGACAUUUUUGACUUACUGUAAUUGUAUUUCUGCUUUUUGGACGAUAUUUUCUGGCCAUCCACCUGUCGGUUUGAGAGACUUGGAAUACAGAACACAUUUUACGUAACCGUG